AUGGGCAGAUUUUAUAACUCCAAGACUUGGAUUCCAACCCCAGCUGGCUUUGUAACUUUGGGAGACAGACGCAGACCGGCCAACGGUGACAGGGCAGGGGAGUCACCUAGGCACACAGGCGGUCUGCAAGGCGGCGACCAGCCGGGGGGCGGGGCCGGGGGCGGGGCCGCGUCCCUGCCCCGCCCUCCCCGCCCCGGAGCGUCACGUGGGGCGGGCGGAAGCGCCCCGCGGGGUGGGCUUGCCGGGCUGGCGACCGCGAGUUGGCAGCGGCGCCACCGUGAGCCCGUGGCGGUGCUGGGACCCCGGGUCCCCAUGCGGAGUCUUCGCUCAGAACAGCUUGCGCCUCAGGCCGCGAUGAGGAGCCCUUCCGAGUAGCCGCCGUCCCCAGGAGGGCCGGGGCAUCCUUGGCAGCCCAGCCGGU